ACGCAACAAAAUAUAGUCCUCAUGGAAGGGCAAAUUUGUAUUAAUGCGCAAAAAUGGCGCUACCCUUGUGAGAGGCUAUACUCGCUGUCAAGUAAAUGGUGAAAUUGGACAAGUUUGGCUGUGUGUAGAAUGGAUUCGACGAAGAAUAUUUUGCCAAGAUUGUAUCAGCUAACUAUCAUUGACUUCAAAGAUGAAUAUGAUGAGAAAUUUGAACGUUGUUGUUCCCACGUUCUAAAUCUUACAAAUAGUUUAUCCGAGAAAGAAGCACAUGAUGCCCUUAGUCAAGCUGUUUGUAAAAAUGCCCAAGGCCAUGAUGAUGUUAAUAUUGGUCUUUUAAUCGCUGUUUUAAUUGAUUCCAAUAACGCUCCUAGAUUUUAUCGUGACCUAACGUAUUUGGUUCGAGAUGGUUUCAAUUUAGUCAUUAAUCAUUUAACACAUAUUAUAGUUGAAAAAUAUAGCAAAUUGCUAGAACCGAGCAGGAAUCAACUACUUUGGAUUGUUAAAGAAAUGAUAAAAAAUUCAGUUACAAAUGUUGACAGUUUAUGUUUUCAUCUCCUUCGUCAGAUAGCAGGCGGGGAUUUAUCAACAAAAAAUUUAUGGUUGACUGAAGCCUUGUUAGAUACUUUCAUUGAACAUAGGAUAUGGGUUGAAAAAUUUAGUGUUUUAAUAGCUACCAUUGUAUAUACUUAUCUUCGAUUAAUUGAAGAUCACAUAUGGCCAAAAUUCAAUUUGUUAAGGCAAAAAGAAAUAGACUUUUGUAUUUCCUUAUUAAGAGAAAAGUUUGCGGAAUGCCUGAUAAUUGGUAGAGACUUAAUUAGACUUUUGUUAAAUGUUGCCCGAAUUCCAGAAUUUGAAAAACUUUGGAGAGACCUCUAUUCAAAUCCAGCUCUAUUUGCACCAAAUUUUACUGGUGUUGCACAGUUAUUAACAAUAAGAACAUCAAGGAGGUUUCUCCAGUGUAGGCUUACUCCUGACAUGGAAAAGAAAAUAGCAUUUCUUACAUCGCAGGUCAAAUUUGGACAACAUAAAAGGUAUCAAGACUGGUUUCAACGUCAGUAUCUGUCAACUGCAGAAAGUCAAACACUUCGCUGUGAUCUCAUUCGUUUCAUUUGUGGCGUUAUUCAUCCUUCUAAUGAAGUCCUGUGUUCAGAUAUCAUUCCUCGCUGGGCUGUCAUUGGCUGGUUACUCACUACUUGUACAUCAAAUGUCGCUGCUUCUAGUGCUAAGCUAUCUUUGUUUUAUGAUUGGCUAUUUUUUGACCCUGAAAAAGAUAGUAUAAUGAAUAUAGAGCCAGCUAUUCUUGUAAUAUAUCAUUCCGUAAGGUCUCAUCCUGUCAUCACUGCUACAUUAUUAGACUUUUUGUGUCGGAUAAUGCCGAAUUUUUGUUUGUCUCUUAAAACUCAAGUCAAACAGGGUAUUUAUGCAUCUUUAAGGCAAAUUCUGGAAAAACGAGUUUUAGCAUCUCUUUCUCCAUUGUUCGAUAGCUCGAAACUAGAUCCUGAGCUGCAAGUUUUAUUGAGAGAUACAUUUCCUGAAUUCUGCUCCCCAUCUGGUGUAAAAAUCGAUGAACCACUAAAAGAUUCUUCUGAGCUAAUGGUUAAAACAAAUCACACAUCUCUAAAUAACACUGAGCACGAAGCUCAAUUCAGUGAGGAUGAAGAUGACAUUCCAUUAGAAAAACUUCGUAGUGGCCGAGACAUGAAAUUUCGACCAAUCCGAGAAACUACUAAAGUUGACCAAAGAGUAAUUGAAGAUUUGAUUCAACAAUUAAAUGGAAAUAUAAAGCAACAUAUCCUAAGUUUACAAGAUGAAAAAGACUGUGAAAUAAGAUGUGAAAUUAUGGAAAAACUAUUAGAAGCAGUACUUCAAGAAGAAUUUGACCAAGAUAUAACAUCAACUUUAGGUUUAUGUUUAGCUCAAAUUCUAUCAGAUGAAUUUGUUAGGAAAAUAUUUCCAACUGAGGUUGAUGAUGAAUCAAUUGAAGACUCUAUUGGUACACCUCUUUUUGUAAUGUUUAGAAAUCUUUGUCAAACGCCUCCUGAAGAUCCAAACAGACAACCUCUAUUGAAUAUAUUAGCAGAAAUGUCCAUGCACCAAAAUAGGCUUGGAUAUUUAUUGCUUUAUUUUCUAAAAGCUAGUAAAAUUCAAGAAAGUAAAAUGUCCACUUAUAAAGACUAUGUAAAUACUCAAGGUUCAUGGGCUCCAGUAACGCGGAAUAGUGAAUCAAAAGACUUGGCUACUUGUUUACUCAAUGAUUUAAAGAUGUGCCAAGAAGAUGAUGUACGCAUGUUUUGUUAUAUAAUACCAGAUGUUUAUGCGCAAUUUAGUCAAAUUGCAUCUGGAAAUGCAGAGCUUCUGAAUUUAAUUGUAUCUUGUAUAGAUCCAACUCAGCUUCAAGACCUUAUAUGCCUUAUUUUACAAAAGAACAUAGUUAUGUUUAAAAAGGACUCCUUUCUUUCUGUACUUAAUGCAAGUUUAGAAUGGGAGUCCUUUGAACAGUUCUGCCUAUGGCAGCUUAUAUCUGCACAUAAUAUUCCUCUAGACUAUGUUCUACCUAUACUUCCAAAGCUAGAGUUCAAUGCUCACUCUGAAGCUUUGACGAGUAUACUGUUACUGCUUAAGCAAGAAAAGCCUUCUGCUGAACUAUUAAAACAUAUAAUGUGUAGGGAAGUAAAAUCAAAUGACAAGUUUGUUGUUUCUGUUUUGAAAUAUUGGACUCAAGAACAUGAAGAAAAGCUAGCAGAACUCAUUUCAUCACAGAUAUCAAAGUCAGGGUCUGCUUUGAAGCGAAAAAGGGCACCAAGUAGCAAGUCAGUAUCACCAACAGUUGAUCAAACUUUGGCGCAUCUAGACCAGUUACGACAAAACUGUAAACAAAACUCAUUUUUUAAUUUGGAAAGUGUGCAGUCUGCUCUGAUGCAAGUUCAAUCUUCAUGUUCUGAUGCCCAAAAAACAAAGUAAAUUAUUCUGUUUUUUUAUAUCUUU